AUGGGCAAUGUGUUUCUCGUGGUGGACCCCUCCAAGCAGGGCAUGCUGGGCGUCAAGGUCGAACCGUCCCCCUUCACAGGAAUGGGCGAGUGGGUGGGGAAGCAGCGACAGCAGCUGCAAGGGUCGAGCCCUCUCCCUUCACAGGGAUGGGGGCGAGGAGUGGCUGGGGCAGCAGCGACAGCAGCUGUCAGGGUGAGUGGUUGGGACGGCUGGGGUGUGGUUGGUGGGAGAUUCGCGGAUCCCUCUAACAGGGGCAUGCUGGGACGGAAGGGUGUGCUACCCCCCUCUCCCUCCCCCAACCAUUUUUUUGCCUCUCCCCCUCCCUCCCACCCCCACACUCCCCCCUUACCUGAACCCGCCCCACAUCCAGACUUCCUGGCAAUGUGGGGAAGGGGGAAGGAGAAGGAGAGAAGGCCUUUUUAUAGGCACUCCAACUCAAACCGUUCCACCCCACCGGACCCCGUCCGUCGUUCAGGCUUUUGA